GUAUUUCUCAGUGUACCAAAGGGUGUUUAAGUGACCAGUUGAUGACAAACAAUAACACAGGAAUUGUACAGUGACAAAUAUAGUGAAAAUGGCCAAGUUCUUAGCCACGAUUAAGGCGAUAAUAACGCGGUUAGUAUUCGCGUCUCAUGGUUUUAUUGCGAUUUGGCAAGUGACUACGUUUAAAAAGAAUCCUUUGUUUUGGUACCUGAGUUGUCCAAUUUUGUUGUUAUUUUUCGAAGGAAUUUUCACGCUCACUAUAAAGGAGAAUCAAGAGUGGAAGUGGUUCUGCCCUUCCGUUUUCCUGUACCUGAGCAGUGUAGUUCCUGCGAUAUGGCUUCUGGAACUGGACAAGGUCGACAGAAGGGUGAAAACGUUCGAGACGAACGUGAACAUAUCUGAGAAUUUCGAUUUAACCAACCUGGCUGCCGAAGAUUUGAAACACCUGGAAAAAGCAUUGGGUGUAAAUAUACAUUUGCCUGAUAUAAAAAUAUCGACAGAGACUUGGGUAACUCUGAUCGAGCAGUUCCUUAUGUUAAUUCUAAUCAUCGGGAGAUGGAUGUUACCGAAGGGAGAUCUAACCAGAGACCAGCUGAGCCAGUUGUUGCUGGUUUAUAUUGGCACAGCCGCAGACAUCAUUGAAUUCUUCGAUUCCUUCAAAGAGGACCGCAUAGCUCGUGAACCUGUCUUAGUUUACUUGACUCUGGGUAUUUGGGCGUGGUCGUUGAUGCAGUUUACCGUCGUGCUGACGGCCACCAAAUCCCGGAAGUCUAGGCUGUCUUCCGGAAGCGCUGUGAAAAGAAGGGUGCACAGUGAAACUAGUUGUUGCAGCAUCGACGUGUGGGGGAUCGCUUUGAACAUGCUUCUACAGGACGGGCCAUUUCUCGCGUUUAGACUGAUCUUGAUCGUUCACUAUCGUAUAGUGAGUUACAUGAACAUCUUCUUCACGUGUAAGAACACUCUUGUGAUAUUGCUGCAACUUUACCGACUGUACGUAGUGCAGACUGAGAAUCGUAGCAAGGUAAAGAAGAAAUCUGCAGUAUCGAACAUCAGUAUCAUAUCGAGGGAAGAUAUCUACAAUGAUGUGAGAAGUAAAAAGUUCUCUGAAGAGAGGAAACGGAAGAGAAGAGAGAGAGACGUCGAGGCCAAUUAUUCGGAAAGUGAAGAAACGACGGAAGAAGCAGAUAAAUUUGAUUCCUCUCCGAGAAAUAUUGGUCAUUCUAGAAGAAAAACACGCCAGGACACUGGAUACUCCACAUCCAGCUCCAGGAAUUCUGACAAACGUCGAAAGUCGCGGAGGAACGACAGCAGGAGGAAAUCCUCGCGGCGAGAAAGCUUGAAAAUUGAAAUUUCCAGCGAUGAAGAAAAGUAUAGAAGAAAGGAUGGUAGAAAAUCAGCCGUGAAAGGUAGCAAGAAAUCUUCAGAAAGUAUUAAGAUGAAAUCGAGGAACGACGAUUCUAGUAAAAGCUCCGGCAAGAGUCGAAAGUACAAAGAGGACAAUGAGGAAAAAGAAGAAUCAACGACGGAAGAGAUGGUCGAUAAAACAGUUAGUGAAGAAAGCGAAUCAGAAUCGGAGAAAAAAAGGUACGUUCAUAGAAAAAGACGACAGAACAGAGACUGACAACGAUGCCUCGGCAUAAUCGCCCUCUUGUUCGUCUACUCCGCAAUCCUUGUUAUUUGCAUGCUUUUUAUACACGCUGGGAUCAACGAUGGUAUUAUAUU